AUGCUAGAGCUGUUAGAGUGGCGAAGGAUGUGGGGACGAACAAAAUGGCAUCGGAGGCUGGGGCUGGAGCCGGAGCUUCCGCGGCGGAGACGCCUUUCAAGGAGGAGGCUGCCACCAUCAUCACCACCACCAAUGCAACAAAAAGGGUUUUCAUCUUCAUUGCCUCCAUUUAUUGUAUAUGUUCAGAGAGAGAGAGAGGCUCUGCUAUUCCUCCUUGAAGUAAGUGAAGGUUCAGAAUGGGAGGAAUGGCAGACACAGUGGGUGGAAGAUGGGUCUGAGUGGUGGGGUUUAUAUACAGGCAGCAAUGUGUGUGUGUGUGUGAGUAAGUGA